AUGGCGGGUAACAGAGGGAAAGGCAAGGCCCAGUGUGGGGCAAAGUCUCAGCGUGGGGCGAAGUGCAAAACUAUUGCACCAAGAGAUGUAUCAGGGAAAGCUUCUCGCUCAAUAGAAGAAGAGAGAGAAGAUGGAGAGGAGAAGGAAGAACUGUCGGCCAUGGAGGAUGAUGCACAGGACAGCGAUGGCAGCACCAGUACAACAGCCAGUAAUGCAACGGGGAAAAGACAAACUCAAGGCUCGUACAACUUUCAAUCCAGUGUCGAACAGAGGUUCGUGGAAUUCUUUGAGGCUCACGACUGCUUUUAUAAUAAAGCAUCAGAGCAGUAUUCAAACAGCAUGUUCAAGAACAGGCUGCUGAAGGAUCUGGCCAAGGACUGCAAUACUGAUGCACAAAAGAUCCUUGGUUGGUUUAAAAACCAACGGACUGCAAGGUGGCAGUUAUCAAGCUUCAAUUUCCUAAAGACAUAUAUCGUGCCAAGAUCCUACACCCAGGACACUGCAGAGCUGCCUGUUGGCGAGAAGGAGGAGGAGGAGGAGGAAGAAGAGGUAGCGGGAGAGGGAGACCCCGAGGAAGCGGAGGCAGGAAGCAGUGCAUCCACCCAUAAAACAGUGUCGGUUGCCUCCGUUAAAACGUCUGCAAGAGGCUUAAAGAGGUGCUGGACCCCAAAACUCGACGAGGCCCUCAUAAAGUUCUUGUCCAAACCCAGAGAUUCCGAAACGGUAGCCAAAAAGAUCCAGGAUCUGGACGACGACGGAGAUGAACGCCACGCCUUUGGCAAAUGGAUGUGCUCCUGCUUCAACAAGGUUCCCGAAGACCGCUGGGACGACUUCCAAGAAGAAGCCUUUUCGCUCAUCAACAGAUACACUCGUCCAUUCCGUCCACCCACUUCCACCUCCACAUGCAACAUAUCAUUGGGAAGAACUUCCACCUCAGCUUCUACAACCGUCCCUUCAGAAUCUGUCCCGCAGCCAAAACCAUCAGAAUUGCAUCCACACGAGCAGUUAGCUCAGCAAUUUUUGUGGUUCCAUCCACAGGUUUUGCAACAGCAUCAGACGCAGUUGACAUUGCAAGAACCCCAGCAGCAGCAGCAGCAGCAGUUGUACUUGCAACAACCCCUGCAGCCACAGCAGUCUUGGUCCUUGGGGCAACCCUUGCACUCACAGCAUUUGGCCAAACAGUAUGGACCAGAGUUCAUGCAACAAGCGUCGAAUCCCUCAAUGCUGCCAAUCAACACAAAGCAGCCUUCAUCACACCAACAAUUGCAACAAUCGACAAUAUCUCGCUCAGCUUCCACGGGACAGUUCCAUCAGCUUCAUAACAAUCAGCGGGAUGCGGACAGUAAUGCACCGAGGUCAAACAGUACUCCAAUACUUCCGGGGAAUGACUUGGUGCACCAACCACUUGGAUCUUUAAGCUUGUGGGCUGGAGACUUCUCGUUGCCAACAGGAAGUGACGUGUCGACGUGUUCACAGAGCCAGAAAGUGCAAGAAAGAAAUCAGACAGAGGAAACCAAGCUUUCCACACCCACCCGCCAACCCGCAGAUUGUGAUUCGAAUUAG